AUGGCUGCUGAAUCGGCGACCGGCUCGGCAGUCAAGGUACCAAGCGAGGGUGGUAACGUUACCAGUAGUAACGGCGUGGAGCACAAGGAGGAGUGGUUUACAAACUCACGCGGAAUGAAAUUGAUGUCCGCGUCGUGGGUACCGGCGAACCGACCGUUGAAAGCACUCAUCCUCCUCCUCCACGGAUAUGGCUUCGAUUGCACCACUUACUUCCAAGCCACGGCAGAGCGACUGGCGUCAGAGGGGUACGGCGUGUACGGGAUCGACUUCGAGGGGCAUGGCAGGUCCGACGGGCUCAGUGUGUUCAUCCCCGACUUUAACACCCUAGUUGACGACAGCAUUGCAUACUUUGCUCCCAUACGGGACCGUCCGGAGCACCAGAGCAUACCCAAGUUCAUGUGUGGGGAAUCCAUGGGCGGGGCAGUGGCGACUUGCAUCCACCGCAAGCAGCCCGACCAAUGGGAUGGCGCCAUUUUCAUGGCUCCCAUGUGCAAGAUAUCAGCCAAGGUGCAACCACCGGCGAUUCUGGUGAGGCUGUUGAAGGGCCUGGCGUACGUGAUACCCACGUGGCAGAUAGUGCCCUCCGCUGACAUUGUCACGUCUGCCAUUCGCUGCCCGGAGAAGCUCAAGAAGAUAGCAGCCAACCCAUACACCUACCGUGCGCGCCCGCGCAUGCGAACAGCCCUCACAAUGCUGCACGCCAGUCAAGACGCCGAGGCCUCCCUUGAUUCCGUCUCCCUGCCCUUCCUGCUGCUCCACGGCGACGCCGAUAUAGUCACUGAGCUGGACGGCAGCCAGGCGCUGUAUGAUCGGGCAAGGAGUGAGGACAAGAUGCUGAAAGUGUAUGAGGGUGCGUGGCACCUCCUGACUGAGGGGGAGCCUGAGGAGACUGCUGAGGGGGUGCUGAGGGAUAUGAUUGGCUGGCUGGACGAGAGAAGUCAACGCAAGUCAAGCGAGUAA